AUGAAGCCAUUUACCACCGGACACGAAGACCUUGUGCACGACAUCUGCUACGACUUCUACGGGAGGCACGUGGCAACGUGCUCGAGCGAUCAACACAUCAAAGUGUUCAGGCUGGAUAAGGACACCAACGAGUGGACGCUGAGCGAUUCGUGGAAAGGCCACGACAGCAGUGUCGUGGCACUUGACUGGGCGUCGCCGGAAUACGGACGGAUCCUGGCAAGUGUGUCCUACAACAAGACAAUCAAGGUGUGGGAAGAGGACCCCGAUGCGCCUGAGGGCUCGGGGCGGCGGUGGACGCGCCUGUGCACGCUGAACGAUGCCACGGGACCGCUGUACAGCGUGAAGUUCGCGCCUGGGCACCUGGGGCUGCGGCUGGGCGCGAUCGGCAACGACGGCGUGCUACGGAUUUACGACGCGCUGGAGCCGUCCGACCUGCGGAGCUGGACACUGACGUCGGAGGUGAAGGUGCUGGCAACGCCGCCUGCGUCGCACCUCCAGUCGGACUUCAGCCUCGACUGGUGCCCGUCGCGCUUCUCGGCCGAGCGCCUCGUGGUGUGCGCGCUGGACCAGGCGUUUGUGUACGAGCGUAACAAGGCUGGCAAGCUGUUCCAGGCGGCGCGGCUGCCGGGGCACCAGGGCCUGAUUCGCUCCGUCAGCUGGGCGCCGUCCUUUGGUCGCUGGCAUCAGCUGAUUGCCACAGGCUCCAAGGACGGCCGCGUGCGCAUCUUCCAGCUCACGGAAAAGCUCGAUGCCACCGACGACGCCUCCACCGACGACGCCUCCACCGACGACGCCGGCCCGGCGCCCCACAUCAGCGUCCAGCUGCUCAGCGAGCACGCCGAUCACAAGGGUGAGGUCUGGUCCGUGUCCUGGAACCUCACGGGCACUAUACUAAGCAGCUCUGGCGACGACGGCAAGGUACGCCUGUGGAAGUCCUCAUUCUCGAACGAGUUUAAGUGCAUGAGCGUGAUCUGCGCCCAGAAGAAGAAAUAG